CUUGAGGUCAGAGGUCAAGGGACCCCUUUGAAAAUGGCCAUGCCAGUUUUUCCUUGCCAAAAUUUAGCUUAACUUCGUAGCAUUACGAAAUUGAAUUUCUCUGUUCAUCUCAACAAUGCAGCUAUUUUUGGGUCACAUAGUAUUUUAAGUGUAAGACCUUUAUUCAAGAACAUUCAAGUUAAUUUCUGCUCCUUUUCCUUAUCUAUGCUCGUACUCUGAUGCAUGUGAUUGUUUCCCUCAUCAGAUCGGGAAGCUUUAGUUUUGGUGUCGCUCCUCCAACCAGUUUAUUCGCAGCUCCAGUUUUUCAAGCCAAACCUGCUUCUGGCAUAGCAGCGGACGCCAAAGAUGCUCUCAGCAUAGCUCCAGACGUCAGUUCAACAGAGAAAAGUGAGAACACAUUUUUGUUUGAACUCACAGAAUUAAAAAAUAGGUCCAGCAGGUCUAGGUGGGUUAAACCUCAUCAUCUUUCUUCAGCAGUUCAACGAAAGUUGGAAUCUCAAUGGAGAAACAUGGAGUGGACAGAAGAGCAAAAGAUGAGCCUGAUGGAGACCGUCAGCUCCUACAAACCGAGCGAUGGCGAGGUGACUCAGGCUCAGGUUCUCCUCCUGGGUCCGGUCGGUUCUGGCAAGUCCAGCUUCGUCAGUUCAGUCCAGUCAGUGUUUAAUGGAAGAGUCACCAACCGGGCCAUGGUGGGCUCCUCCUCAGCCAGCUUCACCAAGAAGUCCUUCAACAUCCAUCAGAAGGGAGAGGAUCCUACUGGACUGGUGCUGUGCGAUAUCGUGGGCCUUGGAGGUGGAGAGAUGACCGGACUGACCCUUCAUGACAUCCUAUCCGUCAUUAAAGGUCAUGUACCUGAGGGACACAAGUUUAGCCCAGAUCAGCCAGUGAGGUCUGAGACUGUCGGCUAUGUGAAGAGGCCAAGCCUCAAAGAGCAGAUCCACUGUGUUGCAUUUGUGGUGGACGCCUCUAAACUCCUGAGCUACCCGAGUGGCCUCAAAACCACCUUCCAGCAGCUCCGAGAGCACAUCAGUGACCUGGGUGUUCACCAGGUGGCUCUGCUGACCCACAUCGACCAAAUCUGUUCAGAAACAGCCAAAGAUGUCACCCAGGUUUACAAGAGCCGCAUCGUUCAGGACAUGUCCGACAGCUGCCUCGGGGUCUUUAUGCAGGAGCUCUACAGGUGA